AUGUCAAUCGUGUCAAAUAGACAAAGACUCUAUUACAAUAAUUUAGGUACAAGACUUGAUUGUACAGCUAGUGGUACUCCAUCGCCAUUAUUAACAUGGUUCCGGACGAACGGUAGUGAUGAUCGACCGUCGACAUUUGUCCAGUCUUCUGAACUCAUUGAUGUCUAUGAAAACGGUAGUUUAUUCAUAAGGCCAUUUCGAGAUUAUUCAAAAGCUAUACAUGCUGGUAAAUAUAUUUGUCGAGCAGAAAAUGCAGCUGGUAGUAUACAAACAAUAGCCGUUCAACUUAAACCACAAAUCUAUGAUACCUAUGAAGUUGACGUUAAAAAUACCUAUGGAUAUAAACAAUCAUCAGCUAUAUUAUCAUGUGAAAUAUCACCACCAUCAGCUAGUUCUUAUGUACAUAUCGUAGGUUGGUUGGAAAAAAUAAAUAAUCAAAUCACUCAACUGAAUUUACGGCCAAGAACUAAAUAUAAUUUAUUAUCCAAUAAAAAUUUGAUUAUACAUAAUAUAACAAGUUCCGAUGAUAAUCGAGCAUAUGCAUGUAUUGUUAACAAUCAAAUUGAUAAUGACACCAGACAUAGUCGAUUUAAACCAUUGCGUGUUCGAGAUCGUUUACCAUUUGUACCUGAAUUAUCAAUACCAAAUAAUACAGAAUAUCGAGCACAAGCUGGUGAUCGUAUUGAAUUGCCAUGUGGAAUAUCAUCGGUAUCAACACAUGUACGAGUAUCCUGGUGGAAAAAUAGUGUAGAAAUGGAAAAUAUCACUGAAAGACUUUACAAUCAUUCUUUAAUUCUUCAACUUUCUCGUAUAUCUUCGAAUGAUUCUGACAAUUAUGCAUGCCGUAUUGAUGAUGAUUCAGGUGGACGUAUGAUAUCUUCUAUGUCAUUAAAAGUUUCUCUUCCACUUCAAUGUAAAAUGUCUAUUCAAGAAAAUAAUCCUAGUGCCGGAUCAAAUACAGAACUAAUUUGUACAACUAAUUCAAUUAAAUCCAUACCAAGUCAAUGGCAAUGGUAUUAUAAUUCUAAUCGACUACCGAUGAACGGUGAUCGAUAUCUAAUAAACAAUCUAACAAGAGACAACAUGGGAAUGUAUCAAUGUUGUUACAUCAUAAGUUCUUCAGAUUCAAAUGCUUGUUGUGCACAAACUCAACUUCGUGUCAUCAAUUCACCGCCUUUUAUCCUUUCCGAUCACCAGACAAACUCAAAUAUUAUUUUAAUUUCAUCAAAAAAUAUAUCACAUGUGUCAAUUGAUCUUAAUAUGACCGUUUAUGCCGAUCCGAUACCGAUGAUCGAUUUAUAUAAAGAUGGUGAACAAAUCGUAUCAAAUAAUCAAAUACAUGUUUUAUCAUCAGGAGAUAUUUUUACACAUUAUCGUAUUUUAAUAAGAAACAUCGAUGAUACUGGUCUUUAUGAAUUUCGAGCUAAAAAUUCUUUUGGAUCAAUUUCACAUUCUAAACAUAUUAAUAUCGAAGGACAAAAACCACAUAUACAGGCAAUAUCAAAUCUUACUAUAGCCAGUGGUAAAUCAUUUACUCUUGUUUGUUAUGCAUCUGGACAAGGCAAUCUUCAAUUGAAAUGGAUUGAUGAUACAACAAAAAACGUCAUUAAUACAUCAUUAACAUCACCGAUUCUAUUAACAUCGAUUAAUACACAAUCGAAACGUUAUAUAUGUGAAGCAAAAAAUCCAUACGGAGACGAUUCAAAAUCGGUUCACGUGAAAAUACAAAUCCCAUCGAAGAUUUUAUCUUUAACAUCAAAUAAAAUCGUCAAAAUUAAUGAAACGCUAAAUAUUUUUUGUUUAGCUGAAGGUGAUAAUCAAUUCGAAUUGAAAUUAUUAACUCCGUCAGCAAAACGUUUUAAUGCAAUUGAAAUAAGUAGUAAUAAUAAUCAAAAAACUCUAUCGUUAACAAUUGAUAAUAUACAAAUGUCCGAUAGUGGUUUAUAUGAAUGCUAUGCAAAAAAUAAUUAUUCAGAAGAUCGAGCUAAAUUCGAAAUAAUUGUACAGACUGUACCAGAUAAAAUAGAAAAUAUUUUUAUUGAAAAUUCAAAUCAAGUCACUUGGAUUAAGCCGUUUGAUGGAAAUGCAAAGAUUUUAGAAUAUAUUCUUCAUAUUAAAUAUAGACAAGGACUAUCGUGGUCGAAUGAAACAAUAGUCGCCAUUAAUGAUAGUAACAUAACCAAUUAUUUAUUUGAAAAUCUUUAUUCAAAAUGUACUAUAUCAAUAACAAUCAAAGCAGUGAAUGUAAUUGGUUCAUCAUUACCUAGUCAUUUUCAAUUUCAAGCUAACAUCCAGCAACUACUAAUUGCUCCUUAUGAUCUUACUACAGUUAAUCUUUCAUCAAAAAGUGUUAUACUGGCAUGGCAGUAUCCAUCAUUGCAGUUAUGUAACGAUUCAUUUAUUGAAUAUAUUAUUGAAUUAAUUGAUGAACACAGUCAACGUAUUAUUCAAACGUAUAAACACCAUUCAACAGUAUUUACUAUUAAUAAUUUAAAAAGCUUUACUCGAUACAAAUUUGUUGUUUAUGCAACAAAUGAAAUGGGGCCCAGCCCAAAAUCAAAAUCAUUAACUAUACAAACACUAGAAAGUGUGCCUCUUGCUACUAUUAUGGAUUUAGCAGCAAUACUAUUGAAUAGUUCAUCUGUUCUUAUUACAUGGACAUUGGAAAAUCUUGAAUUUCAACUACUCAAUGGAAAAUUUCGAGCAUUUGCAGUUACGAUCUAUGAAAAUUUUAAUAUGUCAACUUUAAUUACAAUUGAAACAGUAAAUUCAAGUCUGAUAGUUCAUCAUCUUUAUCUAUCAACGGAGUAUUACAUUUCGGUUGCCAUAUGUAAUUCUGUUGAUUGUGGAUCAUCAUCAUCGGCUAUUCAAAUUAAAACUCCAUUAUUAAAUGUGGAUAUGCCAAUGACAAUUGCACAUCCAUUAAACAAUCCACUCUUACUUGACUGUCCAUUAACAAGUACUUGGCUGCACAAAGAAAAAUCAAUUGAUGAAUAUAUCUCGAGUAAUAAUUCUCUUUAUAUACCUCAUUCUAAAUUAACUGAAAUCAAUGGCCAAUAUCAAUGUGGAACAAAACGAUAUAACAUUCAAUUAUAUGAUAAACCAUCGCCAAUCAAUGCAAACAUUUACUAUACGACAUCGAAUGAGAUCGGUAUAAAGUUAACCUAUCCACCAGAUAUAAUUGAGGGUGUAGUAAUAUCAUAUAAAACAAAUCAAAAUCUUAAUAUCAAUGAAUAUCAAGUAUCUCCUCCAUUAUUAAAUAUUCGUUUAACCAAUCUUUCUUGUGGGAAUAUCUAUGAAAUAAUAAUCUAUGCAAAGAAUCAAGUUGGAUUUAGUUUGAAGGAAUAUGUAAUUGGAAAAACGGAUGGCUCCGUUCCUUCAUUAGCACAGCCAAAAGAUUUAAUUGAAACUAUAUCAAAUAAUUUUAUUGUAUUAAAUAUGUCAAAUUGGAUAAUAAAUCAAUGUUUAAUUCUAUCGUAUGAUAUCGAAUUAUCUUCGUUAGCAAAUACAACUGAUAAUGAUCAGCAUCGAUAUUAUUCAUUUAAAAACAAUUUUGAAACUAUUCGAAUUGCUAAUCUUCAACCUAAUCAAGAUUAUCAAUUACAUAUUAAAGUAAACAGUCAAGCGGGUGAAACAAUAAAAAUAAUCUUAUUUCGAACAGCCAAUGACAAAAGUCAAAUUAAUUUACCAAGAAAAACUUCCUAUGCUGUUAUUAUUAGUAUUGGUACGGUUUUAGUGCUGAUGAUUUUAUCGCUUAGUAUUUUUAUUCUUAUCAAAUUUUGUCCAGUACAUUUUAAAAAAGCUGAUCUAUUUCUUGAAAAAACACGAAAAUUAAAACCUACUGUAUGUUCGUCGUUUCCUCAUCAUUAUCAUAGUACAUGGUUAAAAAGUAAUAACGAAUUUACAAUAGAAAAUUAUGCAAAUGAUCAAGUAGAUACAAGUAAUCGUCCAUAUAGUUAUGCAUCAGAAGAUUCUCAAGGAAAUAUUAAUCCAUAUGCUGUUACUGGCUUUUCGUUAAAUUGUAAAGAGCACAAUAAGCAUGGUACAUUAUGGAGAGAAAAUCCUCAUUCAAAUAUUCUUACAGAUAGUUUAGACCUUCGUCCAUCUACGACUUCGUCCGAAAGAUAUUUUCGUCCAAUAAUUCUUGAAUCUUCGGCGCUCGAUGAUCAAGAAUCUUCAAAACGAAAUCCACUUGUACAAAUACCUUCCACAUGUUUCGUAUCCAAUCAAUAUCAGCCUCCUCAGCCAUCAUCAAGUGUUCUUUCAACAAUAUCGUCGUCUCAAGGUGAAAUUUUUUCUGCAUUUACAUACGUUCCACCAGCAAAACAAGCAGCAUUUCAUACCAAAAAAUUAUCUAAUAAUAAUAAUAAUAAUAAUAAUAAUCAUAUAUUAGCUGAUCAAAGUUCAUCAUCAGCCGAUUCCGGUGUUCAUUCAUCUUUUACUCAAAGUCCAAUUACUAAACAUUCAUUUCAAAAAUGUCAUUUCCAUGGAUUUUCAUUAGAUCGUCCAUCGUCAGCAGAUGCUAAUGAUGAUUCAGAAAAACAUCUUUAUGCAACAUAUGAUCAACAUUUUGCUUUUCUCAGAGGAUCAACACUUCAUCGUCCAAAUAGAGAAUUACCAACGACACAUAAACAUCAGGAACAAGAACAAUAUUCAUUAGUUUAA